AUGACUGAGAUUAUAUCAAAGGUCAUGCGGAAACUGCAGAACGAAGUAAGGGCUGUCAACAAAGGUGAAGAAGACAUAUUAACAGAGGAUGAUUUAACCGAUAUGCAUUACUUGAAGGCAGUGAUCAAGGAGACACUUCGCUUACAUCCUCCACUUCCAUUACUAUUUCCUAGAGUACUGAUGCGAGAUCUGAAAAUAAACGGUUACAACAUCAAAGCCAAUACACGAGUCAUAGUGAAUGCCUGGCAGGUCGGGAGAGAUCCCAAGUCGUGGUAUUACUUACCGGAGGUUUUCGAGCCAGAAAGGUUCUUGACUGCUAAUAAAGGUAUGAAUUAUCUAGGGAAUGACUUCCAGUUUAUUCCGUUUGGAGCUGGUCGGAGGAUCUGUCCGGCAAUUCAGUUUUCUUCAACUCUGAAUGACAUUGCUCUUGCAAAUUUAGUGCACUAG